AUGAAGGAACUUAAGUUCUUGUUGGUCUUGAUUAAUAGCAAUGAUGGAGUUAACAAAUGGUUUGAAGAUGCCAAAAUGAUCUCACACCAGCUAGAGGACAGAGUAGGCUCCUACACUUCAGUUAGUCUAGCAGAAUGGAGUCUCUUGAAAGCUACCGAGUACCAUCUUGGCCUACUCAAGGCAAAACUUGCAAAGUACAGAGCUCAACUUCUAGAACCGUCCAAAUCCGCUGCGGCUAAAGGGGAAGGUUUUGAUGUGAUGAAAUCUGGAGAUGCCAGGGUAGCACUGAUUGGAUUUCCCUCUGUGGGUAAGUCCACGUUUCUGAGCUUAAUGACCUCCACAGCCAGUGAAGCUGCCUCGUAUGAAUUCACAACGUUGACGUGUAUCCCAGGUGUCAUAGAAUACAAGGGAGCAAACAUUCAGCUUUUGGAUCUGCCUGGAAUUAUUGAAGGAGCAGCACAAGGGAAAGGGAGAGGACGUCAGGUGAUAGCUGUAGCUAGGACCUCUGAUGUUGUCAUCAUGAUGCUGGAUGCCACCAAAGGCGAAGUACAGAGGUCUCUCUUAGAAAGGGAAUUGGAAUCUGUAGGAAUCCGGCUGAACAAAUGCAAACCAAACAUCUACUUCAAGCCAAAGAAGGGAGGAGGCAUCUCCUUUAACUCGACUGUCACACUGACCCAGUGCUCUGAGAAGCUGGUGCAGCUCAUCCUCCAUGAAUACAAAAUCUUCAAUGCAGAGGUUCUGUUUAGAGAAGAUUGUUCUCCUGAUGAGUUUAUCGAUGUGAUUGUCGGUAACAGAGUCUACAUGCCCUGCCUUUAUGUUUAUAACAAGAUUGACCAGAUAUCUAUGGAGGAAGUAGAUCGUCUGGCUAGGAGACCCAACAGUGUUGUGAUCAGCUGUGGGAUGAAGCUGAACCUCGACUACUUACUAGAGAAGCUGUGGGAGUACCUGGCGCUUACCUGUAUCUACACUAAGAAGAGAGGGCAGAGACCAGACUUCACAGAUGCCAUUAUUCUCCGGAAAGGGGCUUCUGUAGAGCAUGUGUGCCAUCGAAUUCACAGAACAUUAGCAAGCCAGUUCAAAUACGCUUUGGUGUGGGGAACCAGCACAAAAUACAGUCCUCAAAGAGUAGGAUUAACUCAUCUAAUGGAGCAUGAAGAUGUCAUCCAGAUUGUCAAGAAGUAACCUUCUUAGCUGCUGCCCACUGGUGCCUGACCCUGUCCUACUCUGUAUAAUCAGAACUGACUUAUCGUCACCAUAUAAAAGCCAAAAAAAAAAAAGAGAAGAAGUUCUCCAAAGCCACGUAGGCUUCCAUGAAGCUUGCUCCACUGGAGACAGGAAGAGACUCAGGCUAUUCUGAUAUCAGGGGACAUGGGGAGACAAAGGUUUCCCAUAUGGUGACAUUUCAUGUAAGGUAGCUUGUUUGCAUAGCAUCCCUAAAAACUGGCACCAUGGAGUCCAUUUGCUAAGAUGAGAUGAGUGUCCUUGACUCAGCAGGUCCUGUACCAUGGCAGAUCUCUUGUACACGUCCAUCUGUUAUACCUGCCCAAGGCUUUCUCAGCCAAUUGGAAUUUGUGGAUUUGUCCAGGCAAACAUGACUCCUCUCUUGGUUCCAUUGAUACCACUGAGAGAUGUUACCUGUCAUUCCUUGCAUAUCCCUGUCAUUUAAGAUAUCAUUAAAGCAAACCUUCCCCUUCCCCUUCCCCUUCCCCAGUCUCACAGCCUUUCUAGCUUCCAAGGGUUUAGCUCUACAUGACAGUGGCUUUAGACUCCCAAUCUUACACAUCUGAGACAGCUCUAGGCUGAGCUUUUGAAGAUCCCACUCUAUCAAAUUUAAAACCAAUACCCUAAUCCUCUUGUUAACUCUCUGAUAUAGUCUAUAGCAGAUGCUGAUCCAAUUAGUGCUGCUGAGAGAGCUAGAAAGUGCAGUCCUAUGAACAAAAGGAUUGAUACUUGGCCAGGCCAUAGGUGCAGUAGCUGCUUCCUUGAAGAACUCCAAGAUUUGGUGAGGAUUCAUUUCUGUCCAUGUUGCAAGUCAGAGAGAUGAUAUUAGGAAUUUCCCAGGGGAAAACCUCUGCUUUGCCUUCUCCUUUCACCUUUUCUGACAGUGUACCUGAGAAAUAGUUGUCAGGAAACCACUUGUCUCUAAAUCAUGCAUCCAUGGCUCCUGAAUCCCAGAAAUAGCUCUUCGGGCUCAAGUCCCAUUCUAGGCAGUGGCCUUUUUUGGCUAUAAUAAAUGAAUAAUAAUGCUUUGUGAAUGGAAAUCUUUUAUCAGAAAACUUGGAUUUUCUAAUCAUGCUUUAUUAAAUGUUGCUGCUAAAUAGUUUAGUGUCUGACAGAUACUGGCUCUUUCUUUCCAUGAGCAAGAGCCUCCAAUAGUUUUCAGUUACUUUUGUGAUAAAGUGACUUGGUUCCAAUGCAGAAUUCUGAACCAAUGAGCCUGGUUUGAUGACUGGCUCCACUGACCACAAGCUCCUCUUUCGUGCUCCUACAAAACUGACAGGAUGAAGUGGCCGAAGUGUUUUAUUUAAGAAAAUAAAAGUUGCUAUUUCAAGUGAA